AUGAAAUACGCAGUCCUUUGGGCAGCAGCGGCCUGGGCCGACAUCCCGAAGCGCCUGAUCACGUCGCACAAGCUGCCCCUGGACGAGACGCCGGCGGCGCUGAAGCGGAACAUUGAGGAAUGGCGGACGCUCAACCCAGAGAUGGAGUUUACGUACUUCGACGACGCGGCCCAGGCGGCGUGGAUGGCGGCGCGCUGCGAAGUUAAAGGCUGCAUCGAGGCCUACCGCAAGCUCAACAGCGGCGCCGGGCGCGCGGACCUGUUUAGGUGGCGUGGCUCAUUUAUGAAGGCGGCUGGUGGUUCGAUUCAGAUCUCAAACCGGGUCCCAUCGCCAAGGCCUGCGAUCUGCAGAGCGCCGCGUCGCUGGACAUGUUUGCGGUGCGCGAGCCACGGAAGGGCCACGUGCGCUUCAUGGUGAUUGGAGGAAGGGCGCACCCGCUGCUCAAGGCGACGCUCGGCGCCAGAUCUCGAACAUUUUUGAAGCGAAGCGCCCUGCCGCCCAAGAAGCAGCCGCGGACGCUGCACGUCACGGGGCCCUUCACGCUGGGCCGGACGAUCUGCGACCCUUCCGCCACGCGCCGGCGGCGGAGCUGCUCGGGGCCGGGCACGCGCGACGGCCCACGAGGGCGCCAGGGCGUCGCCGCCUUCUGCGAGGGCCCGUUCUUCACCGGCAUGAAGGAUGGGGAUCGGGACCCGAAGGCGGACUGGGCCGGGACCUACGCCGAAAAUACGCCCCUGGCGUUCCGUUUUGAUGGGUGCGGCGGCCACUGGCACCGGCCGGGCGCGCGGAUGUCGUACGCGGAGGUGCUCAAGGAGAUGAACGUGACGCACCACCUGAAGAUCACCGCCUAA